UUACUCGAUCAGCCCCCCGCCCUCUCUCAGGAAGCGGCCGAAAAUGGCGAGGCAGGCCAGGCACAGCCAGCACCCCCUCUCCGCCCACAGCAGGUCGGCCUCCUCGCGGCGCCUCUUGGCCAGCUCCGCCGCCCGUCGGCUCUCCCUCUUCGGCAGCGGCACCCAGUCCACGAUGGGCGGGUGGUACACGAUGAUGGGCGCUGGGACCAGUGCGGGGGGCGGUGCCGCUGCCGGGUAGAGGGGGAUGUCGGGGAGGUAGUGCACCUGUCGCAGACCAAACAGAGAGAGGGUUUCAUGUGUGGUCUGCACUGGUAAGUCUGUUCGUGAAGCUUGUGUCUCACCAGGGGCCGCCCGACCUACACGCCCACAUCCCUCGUCAGGUCGGCAUCCUGCAGCCAACAAACCAGCAGAGAUUCCCUCUCACUUCAGUGGAUAGAAUGGCGUUUGUGUGGGGCCAUCUGCUCACCGUUAUGCCGGCCGCCCCGCGGGUCAUCUCUCCCCAACUGAAGCGGCGUUCGGUGUCCUGUUGCGUGAUGGAUGCACACACGGGGCAGAGCAUUACAGUGCUGUCGACAACGCAUAUCGUGCCCCAACUCACGUGUGCUAUCAUGGAGGCCGCUGGAGCGGUGACGUGUCUGCGGAUGACGGCGGAGCGGCGGCUUCGUCGGUCGGCUCGCCGGGGUGGGGGUGGGCACAUGGCGGCCAUGAUCCACCGACCGACACGGCACAGCGCUUGCCACACCCUGAGACACACACGCCCGAUGAGUAAAUGAGGUGCUGUGUGCGUGUGUAUGGGAGGGGUCAGGCGGGAUCCUCACCAGGCGACGGCCAGGGUGGCGAGAAUAGCGAAGGCGCCAACGUCAUCGCAAAUAUCGUCGAAGUCAUCAUGGAUGAUGAUGUUACAUCGGGCGGUGGGCGGCUGUGGGUGCUGCGGGGGCUGCGGGGCGGCUGGCUGAGGUGGCUCUUGUGGUUUGUCGGGUGAGGUCUUGUGCUGUCUGUCUUGGCGGCGCUUGAGGAACAGCUGCCGCACACGCCGCCUCUCAAUACCCAACCUGACCCAACCUGAAGGAACACCUUUUGUGAGUGCGCCCGGCUGCUGCCUGCCUCUCUCACACUCACCUGUCCAGGCGUCAUUGUGCGCCUCUCUGCAUGUGUAUGUCUGUAAUGUGUGCCAUCACUGACCUGCAUGAGCCGGUGCCGCAUGAGGAGCGCCGGUGACGACCUCGACCGCCAAAGGGCCACGGCACGGCGGCCCCUGACGCGGCGGCUUCGCCUGCCCCUCCUGGCACACAGCACCCGACAGACCCGAUGGUAUUGUUGUGUUGUCUGUCUGUCUAUCUAUCUAUCUAUCUGUCGCCAUGCGUGUUCCUCACCAGAUAAGGGUGAUGGUAUCUAAGGGGGACAGCCACAU